AUGUCUAAGCAACUGGAAAAUAACAGACCUCUAACGGACGCCGAACUAGCAGAGAUUGCAGAAAACUUCAUUAUGGAAUUGGAUGAAGAUAGUACCCAGGAGAACGCAAGUGAAACUGAGGAUGUCCUAGAAUUUGAGGAUAGUGGAAGUGAGUAUGUACCUUCAGACGAUGAUGGUGAAGAGACAGACACUCCCAGGCCAAAGAAAAUAAGACUUUUACCUAAAAAUCGAAACGAAAGAAAUACAGGUAAUCAAAUAUCGAUAGAUGAUUCAGAGCCUGGACAAUCUAAAAAUAUCGAACCAGAACAAUCAGAACAACAAGAAAAUGAAAAUCAAUACAGAAACGCGUUUAGAAAACAGAACAGUGAGAGUAGAUGA